AUGCACGAAAUCCCAUUAAAUUCCCCCAAAGUCACUGUUUGGUGUGGUUUCACAGACGAAUUCGUAAUUGGGCCAUUCUUUUUUGAGAUCAUCACUCCAAUAGGACCCGAAACGGGCACCAUAAAUGCAGAAAGGUACCACAAAAUGCUGCAAACGUUUGUUAUUCCACAACUUCAGCAAAGAAACCGUCUCCAACAGACAAUCUUUAUGCAGGAUGGUGCUCCACCACACUUUAGUAAUAAGGUAAAGCAGUCGUUGCGCCAAAUCUUCACUGAUGAUAGAGUCAUAAGUCUCAGUUUUCCAGUUGCAUGGCCCCCUCAUUCCCCUGAUCUUGCACCAUGCGAUUUUUGGCUCUGGGGUUAUUUGAAAUCUCAAGUUUUUGCUGGUGGAGAAUCAAAUUUGUCUAUUCUAAAGGACAACAUAACAAAGAUAGUUUGA